AUCCAUUUUUUCUCCUCUAUCCCAACAAAAACAACAACCUAAUCCAGUUUCGUUCUUCGCCCGACACAUUUUUUUUCUCCGAUCUCCUAUUCCUCCUCCUAUUUUUGUUACUCGAAGCGAGAUUGAUAGAUAGAUCGAUCCUCUCUAUGGGUUAAAGUUAAAUCUGAAUCCGAAUAUGAUCUAAUCAUUUUCAUUUUAGGUCUUUCUGAUUUGGUUUUCGGUGUUGAAUUGAGCGCGGUGGUUGUGUUUAGGUUUCGUUUUGUUGGGCGUGUGAGUCGUAGGGGGGGUUUCGAAGAGCAUAGAAUAAUGCCUUCGGUGCCUGCUGAUCUCCGUCUAGUUCCUUCUCUGACCGUUUUCCAUGGUGAAUCUUCCUUUCAUCGUCUGAAAAAUCUUGAAAAAAGUGAUCGGCGUGGUAAUCUUAGUUAACACUAGGUCUUUCGUUUUCUUCCACCCUCUCUCUCUCUUGGUCGUUGUUGGUUCUGCUCUGAACGAGGUGUGAUAUAUUCGGCAACGGAUCGGGAUCGAGGGAUUGAUAUUGUUGUUUUUUUCCCGUGAUUACUUGCUAUUUUCAGCUCCUGUUUUGAUAGUGUUGUAGUUGCAGCUCCAAACGUCGUUUUAUAAGUUGCCUCUUAGUACCUGAUACAAUUGAUGGACACAUGCUCUAAUACUAAUGUUGUGCUUGACGACAACUUCAUAAGUAAUCUUGGAAGGACUUUCAAUGAGUCAUUACAGAUUCAAGAUGCUCAUAAAUCUGUUCUUGCUUCUGAGGAGAAUGAUAUCUAUAAUGUGAAUGAGGAAAAAUUAUGUGAAGCAAUGAAAGAUCAAGAGACAAACAUAAAUAUGACGUGCUUGAAAAAAUCUGCAACUUUUCCAAUUCCUAAUACAAUGUUGCCUUCAAGCCCAUCUGAUAAGGAGGCUGAUACUUCAGUCACAGGACCACUCAAUGAGCAUUCUGCUCAUCAAACUUACUCACUCUCAGUAUCUCCGCCUGCUCCUCUGAAGCUUAUAUCUGCCAUGAAAGGUAGCCGUGAGAAACAUGGGGGAUCACAGGUGAAAUUGAAUGUGAAAUGGGCCUCUGAUGUGUAUGAUCCUAUACCUACAUUAUUAUCACACACUGUUAGAAGCAACAAGAAGCAGCAGAAAUCCAGGAAGAAGAAGCCUGAAAAGAAGAAUGGAAAGAAGGGUCAAAAGGGAAAUUCAUCUCGAGGGGGCAGCAACAAAGAUAAGCAGGUUCGCAAGCUAGGUGGGACUUCUGGUUUGUGCUACAAGUCAAUGGAUUCUUGUGAUAAAGUGCUUGGAGCUUCUACUGAAUUAGAUGCUCUUGAAGUUCGAAGCCAGGAUUCAUACUGUGGAACUAGCUUCCUGAAAAAAUCAGUUACUGAAGUGCACUACUCGGUUGCAGAAGCACUAUGAGUGAAAUACUCUGAAUGUCUUUUCCUAUUUCCUUGAAUGUACAUAAAUAAGCGAUAUUUUGCUGUUGGCUUAUUUGGUGGAAAAAUAAAAAGAAAAAGACAUUGGGUUGUAUGGUGAAAGUUGUUUGGUUGAUGUGGGUGGGACAAGUUUUGGUAGACGAGGUCAUGUCUAGGCUUCUGGCUUUCCAGUGAUAAUUCUAAUGAGGAAUCUCUAAGUGGUGUUUUUUGUUGAUAACCUCUGUAUCGUUGGAUUUGUGUUUUGAAUAGAUUGUUGUUUGAUGAUAAA